AUGGCCCUCACCCUCCCGCAUCAUGUUCGCAUCUUCGCACCGUCAGCGAGUCUACUGCCAAUUUGCUGCCCUGACCAGACCACAACGACACCGACUGGGCCCACAGACAUGGAGAAUUUCGAUGUGUCCAACUUUGACCCUAAUGCCAUCCUGCGAGGGGCCCAGCUGACGCUCGUUGGCGUAAACCGAGCCCUCCAGAACCCAGGCCUCUUCACUUCAGAUCACUACCGCCAAGCUGCUAUCGCUGUGGCUGCUGGCAUCGCCAUCCGUGUCAUCGUUGCUAUACCCGUCGUCGGCGUACGAGUACUGUUAUGGAUUCUAUCACUCUUUGUCAACAUGGACCAUACGCACUGGGACGAAAGUGUCGUGGAUGGACUGCACUUCCUUGAGCACACCGUCCUGCAGGUCCCGUUCUUCCUCAUGACUAUGAUGCGCUAUGUCACUCCCACGCUGGACCAGAUGUUCAUGGAUUCCCUUCGUUGGGUCGAUCAAACCUACGUACAGAAACACAAGACCGAAGAUCCUCAUAACCUCCGAGCCCUAUAUCACCAGAACCUCGAACAAUACCCUAUGCACGCACCGAGAACGGACAAGGAGAAGACACCCUUGAAGCAAGCUUUGAUGAUUUAUGCUGUUAGGCAAGGUCGGAAAGCAGGCAUUUCGUUGGCAGUCUUGGCCUUGUCCUACGUCCCGUACGUAGGUCGCUUCGUUCUGCCUGCUGCCAGUUUCUACACGUUCCGGAAAUCUGUGGGAACACAACCUGCAGCAGCCAUAUUUGCUGCAUUUCUUCUGUUUCCGCGAAGAUAUCUGGUUUCGUUCCUACAGGCUUACUUCUCCUCUCGCACCCUAAUGCGUGAGCUGCUUGAACCUUACUUUGCGCGCGUUCGUUACACCCAAGACCAGAAGAAGCUGUGGUUCAAAGACCGUGCUGGCGUGCUCUUUGGAUUCGGCCUUGGCUUCUACAUCUUCGUUAAGAUUCCGCUCGUUGGCGUCCUCAUAUACGGUCUCGCUGAAGCAUCAACCGCCUACCUCAUCACCAAGAUCACUGAGCCUCCUCUUCCACCGACUGAAGCCGAGAAGUUUAAGCAGGAUUCGCUUCGCUGGAAGAACAAGCAUGAGUUCUUGAAUCUGUCCUUGCAUAACAUGGACGCAUAUAACAUCGCGAUGCAUAAACCUGCAUUUGAGUCAGAUGUCCGACAGACGCCGCGGAAGACAUUCAGCUAG